GAUAAUGUGUUUCGCAUAAAGAACUUGUGGCGCUGAACUCCACCUCACCCAGUUUUGAGGUCUGUGACACGGAGACAGUUUGUGGAGUCCAGUCCCACACGGCCGUUCCUCACCACGCUGCACAGCAACGGCCGCAACUCAGAUCAUGACUGAAGAGGCUUUUGAUGUGAUGGUGGUUGGCUCCUGUAUGACUGACUUGGUGAGCCAGGCACCAAGGCUACCCAAAGCAGGGGAAACCAUCCAUGGUCACAAGUUUUUCAUUGGCUUUGGAGGAAAAGGGGCCAACCAGUGCAUACAGGCUGCCAGACUGGGGGUCAAAACCGCUAUGGUCUGCAAGGUUGGUAAAGACUUCUUUGGAGACAAUUACAUCCAGAAUUUCAAGGACAAUGGUGUACACACAGAUUUUGUAGGGCAGACCUCAGAUGCAGCCACAGGAGCUGCCUCCAUCAUUGUCAACAAGGCAGGUGAGAAUGCCAUUGUGAUCGUGGCCGGUGCCAACAUGUUGCUGGGCAGUGAGGAGCUGCAGAAAGCUCUUCCAGCCAUCAGUCACGCAAAAGUGCUAGUGUGCCAGCUGGAGAUCAGCCUGCAGACUUCUUUGCAGGCUCUACGCAUGGCUCAAGAGAACAACGUAAAGACAAUAUUCAACCCAGCACCGGCCAUUCCUGACUUGGAUCCAGAUUUCUACAGAGUCUCUGAUGUGUUUUGCUGUAAUGAGUCUGAGGCUGAGCUGCUGACUGGUUCGUCCGUAGCUAAUGUGGAGGAGGCACAUCGGGCCAGUCAGGAGCUGCUGAAGCGAGGCUGUGGGUCCGUCAUCAUCACUCUGGGACCUCAAGGCUGUGUGGUGCUGAAGGCGCAGGAGUCUACCCCUAAACACGUUCCAACUACUGCGGUCACAACAGUGGACACAACGGGUGCUGGAGACAGCUUCAUUGGAGCACUGGCAUUUUACAUGGCUCAUUGUCCCAUAAUGCCUCUGGAGGAGAUGGCCCACAGAGCCAAUCAGGUGGCAGCAGUGAGUGUGCAGGCCAUCGGCACACAGACGUCUUACCCCUUCAAAAAGGACCUCCCAGCUGAACUGUUCUGAGAACAGCGUAUCAGCAAGUAGACACCAGUGGACCAAUGGACCAAGUCUGGAGUGGGUCUUACUGAAUGUGAACACUGGCUUCUGAAAUAAGCUGCUUUUCAGAAAUGUGAGAAAGAACAAAAUUCUGAUUCUAAUGAGGAUUGUUAAUGAUGUAACAAAUGUUAUUUUAACGUAAGGCUGAACAUGAUGUCAGUUUGACUGUCAAUAAAACUUAUAUGAAUAGUGUCUAUAUGAUGAAA